UUUCAUAUUUUAUAUAAAAUGGCAUAUAUCAUUAUAUAAUACUAUGUGUAUUUAUGCUAUUUUAGCAUAUCCCGAUAUGAUGGCAAAUGAACUGGAAAUAAUCCGAGACGGACAAGCAUUUCAAAAGGAAAUCGCGCUGAAUAGAUUAUCAUCAAUAACUUUUCAACAAGCUCGUAGAAAUGUAAUUCAUGUCAAUGACGUAUCAAGUACACAUACCAUCGAGAAAACGCUGAAAGAGUCCACUGACAUGUUCAUCCAAAAUUUAGACAAAAUCUCUAAGGUGGAUAUUAAGGAUGAAAAAUCAUUACAUUUCAUCAAGCCUGGAACGCCUUUGGAACCUCCAGAAUCGCCUGUUGGCACACUAUCGUCAAAAACAGAAGAUUCGAAAUCAGAAGAUAUCGAGGUGCGGAGUGCAGAGAUGGAAAUUUCGCCGGUCGACUCUUUCACACCGCUAGAAGCGGCCGCUAUAUCUUGUGUCCUCGAGGAGUGUUUGGAUCAGCUUGCCAUAAUCGGAUUCAUGAUACCGGCCAAUGUCGAUCCACGCUGGGACGAGACGUUUAAGACGAUCGAUGAAACAUAUGGGGUGCCUGAUGAACCUAGAAUGAUUUUCAGAGAAGACAUGGGCCUGUUACCAGUCGUACCCACAGAGGCUGAAAAAAUGCAGAGAGACAGGAACUAUGUGUGUGAGGUCCUCAAAAAAGUCCUUCACGAAAUAAGGACCCAUGGGAGGUUCGACAGUCUGCAAGAAGAAGUUGAUAAUAUCGCGAAGAAAGAAGAAGGCGAACGCAAUCUCGAAGAGAGCGCCCAGAAAUGGCUCAGCCAAGCUGAACAGCUUCGCGAGCAGCUGGAAUCCGACAAAAAAGCGAACGAGGAAGAGAGGCAAAGGACGAUAGAACUCGCGCAGGAAAGCGACGCGCGAGUCGACCACGCGAUAUUCUUAAACAGCGGGAAAUUGGGCUACGCGGAAAGAUGGGCGAAAGCCAGAUUGGAACAGCAGGAACUCAAGCUGCAAUUGCAAAAGAAAGAUAUGCUGAACAAACUGAGCGAAUAUUCAAAGGAGUACAAUGCGGAGCAGAUCAUCUCGGCUGAAAUGAGUGCUUACUUAGAAGCGGACAUCAAAGAGAAAGAAGAGCAGAUAGAUAUGUGGACGAAGAAAUACAACGAGGAGAUUGUGGAACGGCAGCUUGAAAUCGACGAGUUCAAGCGACUGAUAGAAGAACAAAAAUUAGAGAUGGAGAAAAUGCGCGCUACAAUGGACAAACGACAAAAAUUUAUCGACGAAUGUAUCGCCGAGGAGGAAGUGUUGAAAAAGGAAGAGAAGCUAAAUAAAGCCGCAACUAUUAUCCAAUCGAUAUGGAGAGGUCACAUGGUGAGGCAACAAUUAGGAAAGUACAAAGGUCUGCGAAAACGAUUGAAAAAGCGGAAGAAAUUAAGCCAGAAAAAAGAGGUCGAUAAAAAAAAGAAAAGACAAAGAGUACACCGAAGAAAAAAAAGAGGACUUUAGUGCCUGAAAAACUACAGAGAGUUUGA